AAUUGUCUUCUCUUUCCUCCUUUUCGUUGUCCUAUGUUUUUAUUCCCUAGAAUGUUCUUGCGUGGUGUAGAAAGACCUCGGAGCAUUCGACCGACCCAUCUUGCCUUACUUCUGAAGAAUUCGACUCCAUUCCAUGAAGGCACUAAGGCGGCUACCUCCGCUUAUAAAGACACAGCACCGCACCCUUGAUCUUUCCCAUUAUCAGCGAUCCUAGUACACAUUCAUUCGAUCUGAAACCUGCUUUUCUUUUAUUCUAUCAAAAUCUCAGAUAUUUUCUUAAAUCCCUGCAAGCAUGCAGAUCUUCGUGAAAACCCUGACAGGCAAAACCAUAACUCUUGAAGUCGAGAGUUCUGAUACAAUCGACAACGUCAAAGCCAAAAUCCAAGACAAAGAAGGUAUCCCUCCUGAUCAGCAACGCCUGAUUUUCGCUGGCAAACAACUCGAGGACGGCCGUACCCUUGCCGAUUAUAACAUCCAAAAGGAAUCCACCCUCCACCUUGUUCUGAGGCUUCGCGGCGGUAUGCAAAUCUUCGUCAAAACCCUAACCGGCAAAACCAUAACUCUUGAAGUCGAGAGUUCCGAUACUAUUGACAACGUAAAGGCCAAGAUUCAAGACAAAGAAGGUAUCCCUCCGGAUCAACAGAGGCUAAUUUUUGCUGGGAAACAAUUAGAGGAUGGUAGGACCCUUGCGGAUUAUAAUAUCCAAAAGGAUUCCACCCUUCACCUUGUCCUCAGGCUUCGCGGUGGCAUGCAAAUCUUCGUUAAGACUUUAACUGGAAAGACAAUCACGCUUGAGGUUGAAAGCUCUGAUACAAUUGAUAACGUUAAAGCCAAGAUUCAGGACAAGGAAGGGAUUCCCCCGGAUCAGCAGAGGCUCAUCUUUGCAGGGAAGCAGUUGGAAGAGGGGAGGACUCUUGCGGAUUAUAACAUUCAAAAGGAGUCUACUCUGCAUCUGGUACUGCGUUUGAGAGGCGGGAUGCAGAUCUUUGUCAAGACUCUCACAGGGAAGACCAUCACUCUUGAAGUUGAGAGCUCUGAUACGAUAGACAACGUGAAAGCCAAGAUACAGGAUAAGGAAGGUAUUCCACCGGACCAGCAGAGGCUUAUCUUUGCUGGGAAGCAAUUAGAGGAUGGGAGGACUCUUGCGGAUUACAAUAUUCAGAAGGAGUCUACUCUCCAUCUCGUGCUCCGUCUUCGAGGUGGUGAUUUCUAAGCAGAACUUAAAUUCGGUGGUUGUAUGUCUUCUUUUCUUUUUUAUCAAUAAAAAAUUAUUAAUAUUUUGUUCG